AGAUUAGUGAAAAAAAAUAAAACAACUGGAAGGAAAGAGAGAAAACAGCAUCUGGGGACACAGACACAUCUCACUGGUGAAAGACUCCCAAAAUGUCUACUCAGCUUCAGGACUUCAGUUUCGGGGAGGGAAAGCCGCUGUUGGUGGAGAAGGAAGAGGGAAUUACUGUAUUACUGCAGGAGUAUGAAAUUGUGGAACAUGACAUCGAAACGGCUCAUGGAGUUGUCCACGUCACCAUGUGUGGAACGCCCAGACUGAACAGACCCGUCAUACUGACGUACCACGACAUCGGACUGAAUCACAAAACGUGCUUCAACGCCCUGUUCAACUAUGAAGACAUGCACGAAAUCACGCAGCAUUUCUCCGUGUGCCAUGUGGACGCACCAGGCCAGCAAGAAGGAGCGGCGUCUUUUCCAACCGGGUAUGUGUACCCUUCAAUGGACCAACUGGCUGAAAUGCUACCUGGUGUUGUACAGCAGCUCGGUUUAAAGAGUAUCAUUGGGAUGGGAAUCGGAGCCGGUGCUUAUAUCCUCACUAGAUUUGCUCUGAAUCACCCCAGCAUGGUGGAAGGCUUGUUGCUCAUUAACAUUAACCCCUGUGCCGAGGGCUGGAUGGACUGGGCAGCCACUAAGCUUUCUGGACUUGCCCAUGGGUUGCCAGAUAUGUUGAUUUCCCAUCUAUUUUCCAAGGAGGAAAUCCAUAACAACCCCGAUCUAGUGUACACCUACCGAAAGCACAUUGUCAAUGACAUCAACCAGAAUAAUCUUACAUUGUUUGUCAAGUCAUAUAACAGCCGCAGAGAUCUUGAAAUUGAACGUCCAAUUCCUGGAACCAAUGCAGUAACAUUAAAGUGUCCUGCUCUUCUGGUUGUUGGUGACAGUUCUCCUGCUGUGGACGCUGUGGUGGAAUGCAAUUCAAAACUGGACCCAACCAAGACCACACUACUAAAGAUGUCAGACUGUGGAGGAUUUCCACAAGUUGUUCAGCCUGCCAAGCUUGCUGAAGCCUUCAAAUAUUUUGUCCAAGGCAUGGGCUACAUGCCCGCUGCCAGUAUGACCCGACUGAUGAGGUCCAGAACCAACUCUGGCGCCAGCGUGUCCUCUAUGGAUGGCAAUAGGAGCCGGUCUCACACAAAUGAAGGGUCGAGGAGCCGCUCCCACACCGGAGACGGUAACCGAAGCCGAGCUCAGACCGGAGAGGGGAACCGCGGCCGCUCCCACACAGACACCAGGAUGGAUGUGAACAACACCAACAACCCUGAGCACAACAAUGUCAAAUCUAUGGAAGUCUCCUGCUAAAUCCAUGACCUCGGCGAUCAGCGUAAAUUUUCCUGCCAAUUGUACAGAUUAAACCGAUCUCCGCCCUGGAGAAGUGUUAUCAUGACAGCCAAAGGGUUAAUGGCAACCUAAAUUCUGGAAAACAGAAAUAUUCAGAGGACCAAAGAUUGUUAAGCGCGACAUUUAACCUUUAGCACGUAGCCACUCCUAUAGCCCAACACACUCCCAAAAAAAUAAAAGAAAAACUUCCAAAAAAAAAAAAAAGAUUGUAGUCAAAUCUUUUUGUAUUUGAUUUCAAUAGCUCUUAUAACACUGGCAAAAAAUUUAUUUCAUUGUUUUUUUUUGUUUUUGUUUUUUUUAAAUUAAUAAUAACACUCAAUGUAAUGGCGUUUGCAUCGAUAUUGGGCUAUUUGGCGCUAAAAAAAAUGUAAAUAAAUAAUUGAAAAUAUUUAUAAAUGUGGUGUGCAUUUAAAUUUCUUUUAAUAGUUGAUAAAUUGUAGGAAAUAGUUUUUAUGAUAAGCCACUCCUAUGUGGAUUUUUUUUUAUGUAAAAAAAUAUAUAUAUAUUGUAUAUAUAUAUAUAUAUAUAUAUAUAUUUCAAAUAUGAUCAAAUAAACUGUCUAACCAAAUGUAUUUUUCUCGAUAAUUUUUGAAGAUUUUUCAUCCUUCUAUUUCAUUCAAAGAAAUGCAAAAUAUUUUUUUUUUGCGAGAAAAAAAAAAUCAAUGACAAAAAAUACUUCAAAUUUUAAAAAAUAUAUGCUUUUUUUAUUAUUUUAUUUUGAGAUUGCUGAAAUACAGAUACAUUGUCUAGGCAGGACGAGAAUCUGUCUCAUACACUAUAUCUCAGUAAGCUAAUUGCUGCUAAUAUAUAUAUAAUAAUAAAGAAUAUAGAAAAAGUUACAAAAAAUAUCAGCUUGUUCAAUAGAAGAUUUAAACAAUGUAAUUUUUUUCUUUUGAGAUACGGUAUAUAUAUAUAUAUAUAUAUAUAUAUAUAUAUAUAUAUAUAUAUAUAUAUAUAUAUAUAUAUCCACAUUUUACCAAAAAGAUAUCUAAAUUUUCUGCUUUUCAUUCUAAAUUUGUUGAUUUUAACCAGUUCUCUGUUGCUCAUUAUUCAUUGUUCUUUAUAUAUUUAAUUUUUUUUUCAUUUUCCAAGUGUAUUUUUUAUUUUUAUUUUGCGGCAGAAAACUGUGAUUCUCUAGAACUAGUUGAAGGAGCUCAUUGUAUACACGUGAAUGGGAUUAUUGUAUUUAUUAAAGAACAAUAAACUUGUAACUUUGCUCUA